AUGCAAAAGCAGAACCAGCUCUUCAAGGAUAAGAAUGACCUGAUGGCAGCCCAGUUGAACGAGCUGAGUGAUGUUCGGAAGAAGCUCGAGGAUGUGCGCGCGCGGUUGGGGCAAGGCCUCGAGCAGUUCGAGGCGACGCUUCUGGAGCUGCACACGCUGAGCUGCGUGGAGCUCCUGCAGCUCAUGAUCGAGGCCUUCCUGAAUGCCGACGACAGCCGGGACGCCCGGCUGAGCGACGAGGAGCUCGACCAGUUCUUCGAGGUCUGCAAGGUGUCGCUGAAGCAGGCGAUGAGAAUUCAGAGAGCACAGCCCGCACAGAAGGGCCCUCUGAAGCCCUCUGCCACUUCUCUGCCACCUCUGCCCUUCAGGAGUUCAGGAUGA